AUGGUUGCUGGUUUUAUAGGUACCGCCAGACAACUGGUGACUGACUAUAGCAAUAUCACGGCUUUCGUUUACCAGGUAGAUAAAAAUGAUCCAUGGCAAGUAAAUGUUCCCAUCAGCUCAAUCUAUAUUACUGUCGUGGUGGGAAUAUUUGUGAUUACAGCAUUACUACAUCCAACCGAAUUCCUGUGUCUCCUGCACGGAAUUACGUACCUAUUUUUCCUGCCUGGGGGAUAUCUGAUUUUGAUGAUUUAUAGUAUUUGCAACAUCACAGACCAAUCUUGGGGAACUCGAGAAUCCGAAAAAGAACAAGGCAAAGAUGGAGUUCUUGGAAAUUUUUUUAGAGAUCUAAAAUCAUUUUGCUGUCCUGUGAAAGUAGAGCGAAGUUCUGCCAUGGAAAUGGAAAACAUGGACUCUGAAGGCGAUGAAAAUUUAGAUAUGCCGUUCACUAGAUCCAGAAGAAGGCGAAGAUUCCAACCGCCAGCUGGUACGUUCUCGGCAGACGACUGGCUUCGCGCGCAAUUUUAUGAAAAAGAAAUACACGCUUGCUCGCCUAUGUUUGAUGCACUAGGCUACGGAGACACAAGCUUCAUUGCAGGGAUGUCACGAGAGGAAAUUCGUCAAGUUGGCUUAACCAAUCCUAAACAUAUCAACACCGUAUACCGAGAAGCACAGUCUUUGCCGCCAUUUUCUAUUGACCCAAGAUGGCCGAUCACAGAGACGGAAAAGCGCAUCAAAUGGGUGAACAGAGUUGGCCUAAUGGAUUAUAAAGAUAGUCUACUGGAAAAGUUUGACGACCUGCCUUCUACAACGAGCAAAAGUAAACUGAGAGUGAAGUAUGGAAUACAUAAACCAGGCCACUUGAAAAGAUUGUACACGGCCAUACAGCAACUGCGGACACCAACAGGCGCUGAAUGGGUCCAAAUGGAAGUGAAAGAAGAGGUCAGAAAACUCGUCAGGGCUGAGGCCUCGUCUUCGCCUAACCUUGACCUGGAGUCCGAUGACAACAUGCUUGGGUCAUCGUCGUCUGCUGUGGCUACUUCUGACCACUCGGAGGACCGAUUCUGGGAACAGUUGGUUGAACUGCGUCUCAAACCACAGGCGGUUUUUCCAGAGAGGGAGGAUCGGUUAGCGGGAGAACUGCAUGACAUUCGGAAAACUUCCCUUAUAUGGUUUGCAGUGGCCAACAUGUUCUGGCUUGUCUUGUUUCUGACGCUGAGCAACCUUCCAGCAAACGAUAAGAAGGGAUCAGACUUGCAUGUGUUCGGAAACAAUCCCGUUGGGCUGGCAUUUCUGUUCCUGUUUUGUCUUUUACUCAUCAUCCAGUUCUUCAGCAUGUUGGUGCAUCGCGUAUGGACAUUUAUCCACUUGGUGGCACGCGCAAAGUUGCCCGGAUCCAAGACAAGUCGCCCAGAUGCUUCGGUCUGGAACACGCGCAUAGCGCGACAGCAGGUGGCCGAUCCUGAGGAGGAGGAGCAAUUCUAUCAGUCAUGGAAUGCCACGCUGAGAAGGGUGACCGAUUUUUCGCAGUCCAUGUCCGACCAGAGAAGUCUCUUGGGCUAUUCUAUCCGAAAAUAGAUUUAAUCAUUCUCGAAGAAUGCUCUUCGUCAUGUGCAAUGGACUCAACAUAAUGGAAAUGUAUUAUAAUACGUGUAUGAUAAAAUCUGACGUGCUCAGUUAUGAGAUGAGAUUUUGGGAAAUGUUUACUGGAUUAAGUGCUGAGUAUUAUGCUGCCCAUAAUUACGGGAUCCGUUCACAAUUUAAAUAUUUAUUAUUGGUGACGAUACUUUAUGGUUACUUGUUAAACAGCCUGUCAUUAAAUGACCUGUGGUGUGCCAGUGAGGAGGCAGAAGCAGUAUAACGUUCUGAACUGUUACAACUUGUAUUUAAAAGCUUGUUUUUCCAUGUAAAUGAACCUUUACAUUGUAUUUUACUUUACUGCUAUAUAUAUAUAUAUAUCCCCUCCAUCGAUAUGGUGGCUGAGAAACAUGUAAUAAUU